GCCUCCUCCAGUCUCGUCGGCUUUGACCCGCGGAAUCCUCUCAGGCGGGGCUGGGCCUUUCCGACCGGGUUGUCCCUGAACGAAGUCGCCGCACAUGACACCGUGAACCCGGGCGAUCCAGCUCGCUGGCUUCAGCCGGCAGACAUCCUCAAGAUAGACUUCGGGGUCCACGUGCAAGGGAACAUCCUCGACAGCGCUUUCUCUGUCAGCUUCGAUCCCAUGCAUGAUGAGCUCAUGCGCACGGUGCAGGAAGCCACGGAGACUGGGAUCAGGAAUGCUGGCCCGGAUGCCUGGAUUUCGGAGAUCAGCAGCCAGAUCCGUGAGGUCAUGGAGUCAGGGGAGGUGCAUCGGCCCGACGGUAAGGUCUUUCGAGUCAAGGUCAUCAAGAACUUGACGGGCCACUUGAUCGGACCCUACAAAAUCCACGCCGGAAAGUCUCUCCCAUCCGUGAACACCGGUGGCAGGGAACGCAUGCUAGCUGGAGAGCUCUGGGCAGUUGAGACGUUUGGCUCGGUGGGUGGGCUGGGAUACGUGGGCAAUGGAG